GGUGGAGCUGGAGAAACAAGAGAAACGGAUGUUUUCAUUACCCAACAACUCUAGUUUUACAGCUACAGUUGCUGAAGAAGAUGAUAUUGACGACAACCUUAAGUUACUCAAAAAAAGGACAGCUCAGAUUUGGGAAACGAUACUAACUCAGUUCAACUUGGAAGACUUUUCUCUUUUAUUGUCUCGACGUUGUUUUGUUGUCACAGAAAACAUCCAUUCUAUACUAUUCAACAAAGCUGGAAGCAGAAUUUUUGAACAGUUGAUUAUUCGUUGUCUUUUUCUCUGUCACCAAAUUGGAAACCCGACCAAACAGAUUGAGCCGGAUUUGUCUCGAAACGAAAAACUUGCAGGGCUUGAUAAGUUUUGGAAAGAAUUCGUUAAAAGUAUAUGUUCGGAUUCUUCGCACUUUAUGACUAUCCUUUGUAACUGUAAUGCAAGUCACGUCCUACGAAGUUUUCUUUUAGGUGCUGUGGGUUUUAUGAAAGAGGGGAGCGUUGUUGACGAAAAUGAGAUUCUAAGAGGUGUCCAACGUUUGGAAAAUGUAAACAGAUAUUUUGCUUCUCUAGUAGAAUGCUUCUGGGACACUGUAGACAACUUGUAUCAGAAAAUUGCGCAUAUUACACAUCUGUCCGAUGUUUACGCGUCUUUGGUACUUCAAUCUCUUUUGUUUUCCAAACUAUUAGUGCCAACUAGACAGUCGUGUUUCUUGCAUCAACUUUUUAGUUUGAUUGCAAAUAGGAAAGGCACUAAGAAGAACAAUUUUCUUAAGAUGGCAUGCCAUGCAGUAACUAGUCAUUUACUACAAGCCUUUUUUUAUAUCUUAGAGUAUGAUUUAUUCCAAGAGCUGUUUGAUAAUCAUCUUCGAAAUCAGAUUCCUUAUCUGCUAAAUGACAAAUACGGUAAUCAUGUUUUACAACAAAUUAUAAGAAAACAGAAAGACAUUCCGAAAGUUUUGGAUAUUUAUGACAAGUUGGAGCCACAUAUUGAUGACCUUGUAUCCAUUGGACAUUUUGGAAUCCUCGCAGCCUUGGCGGAAGGUUUGGUAUCCUGUGAGGUUGGAGCUCAAAAGACUUAUGUGAGAAAAGUCGCAAAGGCAUUGAAUUGUGCUGGAAAAACUAGUUGUGAGUUGGUGAGAAACCUUUUGUAUCCCACAGAAACAACUAGAGCGAAUUUUAUGCAUAUAGCUGAGCAGAUUCCUGGAAAUUUCGAAAUAUCACAAAACAACACUUUGGAUGAGCUCCAAAAAAAGGUGCCCAAGUGCUCACCAGUUGGUUCGUUGCUCAUACAACACUUUCUUAAGUAUUCCGCAUCAGGGCGACAGCUUGUGGAAGAGUCAUUUGUCCGAUUUGAAAAGGCUCAGUUGCUUUUCAUUGCUCUAGAUCCUUCAGGCUCACGUGCAGUCGAAAGUUUUUUAUCUUCAUGUGGAAAUUUCUCCCUCUUGAAUAGAUUCAUCGAUAAGUUCACUGGCGUUUAUUCUAUUUUAGCGAAAAAUUGUAAUGGCUUUCAUGUUCUUUUGAAAAUGUUCACCGUGAUUGAUGUGAAGGGGAAAAGAAAGCUUGUUCAAGAACUUGCUGCAACUCGUUUAUGGCUGGCUUACUUUCCGUACGGAAACCAAACUUUGACUCGCUUGAAAGUAAACGAGUUCGUUAGACGUCAAGAACAAUGGAGUCAAAAGGAAACUACAAUUGAGAAUAGGAAACGUUUAUUCAAAGACAUUUUGGACGCCGAUAUUUCAGAAUAUGAAAAUUAUCCAAUCUCCAAUCCAGAUAUGCAAGCGAAAAUGAAGUACAAAAGGGAUUUCUCUGGGGACAGAAAGGACCAUCGAGCUGUGAAAAACAACGAAGAUAAGUCUGAAGACAGCAGCACACAACUAGAAUUGAUAUUAGAAUGUAUUAGAAAUGUGUCAACUUGAAAAUUGCUUUAGAAUUAUAUUAUGAUGAAGGAUAUUUAUAUUUCCCAAGAUUGUAAUGAUUCAUCCAUAUGGUCAACUGAACAUUUUAAUAC